UCUUACAAUACAUGAAAUGCAUCUGAAAAUCAGCAGCAGUGUUGCAGAGGGACGACCCCCUGUGCUGGCAAGCCACUAAUACCACAACACGGUUAUGAUCAAGGGGGGAGUCAGUCGCUUUUCAAUUGACAACAGAGGUGGACAGUCAGACUUAAAUACAGGAAAACAACACCAAGGCAGAGAGAAAAAGGUGAGAAGCAAGCUGCUGCGAUAUCCCCUCAGGUUCUCAUGAGCAUUUUCACCUGAUACAGCCUCACAGCAGAGUUAGGGGUCUAACUUACACUUUUAUGCUUAGUGACACCACGAGUUUGCUACGGGUUCACCAGCAGCUUGCGUUCACUGGAGUUUGGAGACUGAAGGUCGUUUCUUUGUGUUUCUUUUACCUUAAGCAUGGAGUCCCUUUCCUUUCCUUCCAAAAGAGGUGAAGACAGCACUGUUUUUCAUGUAGAAAGUGAUCUGGUGCGCAAAGGACCUCGACGCAAGAGGGAAUUCAUACCCGAGGAAAAGAAGGAUGCCCUCUAUUGGGAGAAGCGUCGCAAGAACAAUGAGGCAGCCAAACGGUCACGGGAGAAGAGGAAGUUAAAUGAUUAUGCACUGGAGUCUCAUUUCAUGGCUCUGAAAGAAGAAAACACCAGGCUUAGCGCUGAAUUGAUGGCCAUCAAGCUACAUUUUGGCCUGUCUCAGUCCACAGCAUACACAGGUCGCCAAAGCAACCAGCUGCAGCACCAUUCCCACAGCAGCAUCCAACCCAGCACCUAUAACCAAUCCCUGCAAGGGAAUCCCUACUGGAGCACCAGAGACUCUUCCUCUGUGGCCAAUCACCAGUCUUCUUGCCCAUUUUUAAUCCCUGCAUAUGCCCUUCACACAAUGAGGGGCUAUUCUUAUUUAAACGGAUCUGGCACAAGUGGAUCUGGUGUCCUAGCACCUCUUGUUCUUCCUCGAAAUCUGCUGCCACCCUACUCUGCCUGUCCUGGGGCUCCUCUCCCGAAAACCUAUCCCACCAGAGCCACUUCUGACGAAGAGGAGGAGCAGCAAGUACCAGGGGUUCUGUACCGAUCCGUCCCACAUCACAAAACGAGCACAAGGAAAGACAAAAGUUCUCCACUAAGACAAUACAUCUCCGACUGACAAGAACCAAGGGAGUAUUUCACUUCUGUUGCACCUACUUGUCACCUGGUUUAUUUAGAAUUUCUGUCAUUUGAAAUGUUGCUAAAAAAACGGCCCAAUUUCUCUAAGCUGAUACCUCAACAUUAUUUAAAAGCAAACAGAACAGCAGCGUCUCAUUCAACAUAUCCAGCAGUGUGUGAUCCAAUAUGUUCUCCUGUCUCACAAUAUUCAAGAAAAAGUCAAUUCACACUACAUGAUGCCUCCCAAAAGUGUGUAAAUGUUAAGAUAUGCUCAUCAUGCAUUUUUAACUACUUCAGCUUUGCAGUCUGUACGUGCUUUAGAUUUAAAAAUGUCUUUAUAAAUAGUUGUGGUUCGAGACAAAACAUAACUGCACAUCACAGCAUAAAAUAAGCUGUGAACCAUCUAAAGGAACUAUCAGCUGGCCAAAUUUAUCCACGUAGCUUUGGCGUUAGCUUAUCUAUGUGGUGUUAGCUUACCUGUCUAAAGGUUGAUCAAAACUGACGACAGCGGUUGUCUUGGUUAUAAACAGUAAAAUGUGACGAUUGACAAUUUUGGUUUUCUUGUGUGGGCACAUUUAGUCUUCUUUU